UAUAUGCAGCUGCAUCCCCGGCCCAAGAAAUCCGUGGCUUAUUAGUGGAUUUCAACGGCUCACAAGCAACUCUUGGUGCCCUCAUCAAGACGAGAACGAGAACACUAGGUCUUACAGCAGGGCAUCUUUUCAACAUGCACACUGAGUCAUUGCCUGAAGGAGUAUGGGAAAAGAGUCCAUCUGAAGGAGAAAAGGCUCUUGAAGCUGCAUCUACCUCUGAUUCAGACGAUUCAUGUGCAUGGUAUGAUGACGUUGAAUAUAACAGUGAUGCAACAUCAUCGACAGCUUCGACACCCAUUCCACAAAGUGGUUCGGAAGGAAAGGAAAGCUCGCUAGGAAAUGCAAAUUCGAUAACGUUGGUUGGUAACGGCCGCUGUAUCAUCAGCUCCUACGAGGAACCAACGGCCAUUGACCUUGACUGGGCUGUCAUUGAAUUUGAGCUCAGCACCAAUAAUCCAGAGGGUAGUGCUCGCCCUUUUUACUUUCCAGCAAAUAUCAAAUCAGCGUCGACCGAGGCUUGUAUACCGGCAGUGAUGAUUUCGGGAGUCAGAGGAAUGAGACAUGGCUUUUUGCGCGACAUCCAGGCAAAAAUAAGUGACGGUUCAGAUUCAGGGCUCUGUCACGCUUGGAAUUUCACUCCUUCUGACUCUAAAGGAGUGGUUGCUGGCGAAUCUGGAGCUGUGAUAAUUGACCUCGACAUCCCAGCACUCUACGGUCAUGUCAUUGGUUCCAACCCUAUUGGAGAUGUUUAUGUCGUCCCGGCACUUGAUACAAUUGAACAAGUAAAAGCAAGCCUCCAAGACAAAAGUAUUGAAAUUGCUGCUCUUGCGGUUUUGCAACCGCAAGACGUCUCUGGAACAGUUUGGGAACCUAUGAACUUACCCACGAUUAAGUGCGGCUCAAUGGAAGACAAUCAACAGGUCGAGGAAGAGACCGAAAACUCAAUAAAGGAGCAUGGAGUUGACGGCAACAACAAUAACCCACAAGCGCAAAGUUGGUGGAACAUGCCCACGACUUUCACCUCUGCCGUCGCCAAGUUUAGGCAGAUUGACAGACAAAACCGUGAGAAUGAUGAAGAAGUAGAGACCGAUGAGUCACGGGACUAUCAAAGCGGCAUGAAACGGAAGAGACCAUCAUGGGUGCAACCUCAACCUAGACCAUGUCCGGUGGUUACCUCUGACGUACAGGGCAGUUACGACACUUCCAGUAACUACGCCUCAACACCCUCUUCGAGACGGGAUGACGAUUCGGCACCUCCAUCAUACCACAGGUCAAGUUCACGACCAUUAACGGAUUUAAUGGAUAGCUCCACCAUUGAACCCUACUACAGCCAUCAGUUCGUAGCACCAUGGAUCGUUGUACCGUAUGGUCUAGGUCAAGGUGAUCCUCGGCCUCAGAUAGCCUUUGGAGGGGGCCAUAAAUGCACGUCCUCGCCAAUAUAUUCACCUCCGCCUGAGGCGACUCAACAAUCACCACCUCCGCCUCCUCCACCUGCCUAGACUUUCAGGAAUCGACUACAUGGUGUGCCCUUCCCCGGCAGCAAUUCAUUGCAAACCUGCAAAGGUAUCUUUCUAACAGUGAAUGUUGCAAUGAGAUAAAAGCAACUAAAAUAUGUAGUUGGGCUAGUACGCGCAGGCGGCACACUCCUACAAGAGAAACAAUCGCUCCUCCUAAAUUCUGUGUAAUAUGCCUUUUGCAGGAAGCAAUGCCUCGAAUCAUCUCUUACCUUCAUCCUGAUACCUUUUGGCUUACGAGUUAUGAAGAUGCACUCCUUUACUUUACUCGUUUCUGUAUGGUAUGUUUGCGGGAAGUUAAGUGUGUAUGUACUUAGCAAGUUUUCGAUAUUAUUGAAGCUCUUAAUUUGAUAACUUUUAGGUCUUUUAAAACUGAU